AUGGAGGGAACAGGAACAUUCGCAACACUUCACAAUGCCUAUCUAGAUGAAUGGCUAUCGAUUGCAUUCCUGCCGUAUGUCAAGCAGACAUUCAACACUGAGAAUAACUUUUACGAUAUCUCUGCUGUCAAUAUGAAGAAAGUCAAUGUUAGAUUGUUACCGGUGGCAGAAGCAGUGAUGGCGAUGGACAGACAAUACCAAACAAUGCGAUUCUCACUGGAGCGUGCACUCUCUGAGGUGUCGAGCUACGACAUCGACCGUCUCCUUCUAAUAGAAGCACACCAAUCGUCAUUCUCCACAUUCAUCGAAGCCGAAAGAAUACUACUGGAAAAGGCAAUCAUUGAUAUUGGAGGAAGACCAUCUUCUACUACAAAUAACAACAACAACAACAACCAUAACACAAACAUUAAUAAUACACUUACAAAUACAACAACAACAACAAUAUUAAUAGAUGAACAACAACAGCAACAACAACAUAGUCAUCAUCAACAACAACAACAACAUCAAACAAUAAUAGGAAGUAAAAGACCUAAUCCCAAUCCAUCGUCAGCAACAACAACGAUGACAACAACAAGCAAUGCGGUUGUAUCACCGAAUAUAGUGUCGGCAGCUAGAUCAAAGUUAAAGUCGGAUGGAUCUUUUGGAAUGCUGGGACCGAUUGCUUUGCUAUGGGUGGAGUUUAUGACAUUGCUGUCAAAGAUCAACGAUGAUCUUGAGCGUUUGUUCUACUUGGAGUCCACCAUCAACAAUUUAGUAUUCUCAGUGAUAGAAUGGCGAAUCAUGCUAGCAAACAGUCAAAAGAUCAUUAACGAAGACAAAAAGAUAAAGAAAGUCAACAUCUACGAUCAGGUUUCAUCAUCAUUCAUCUCCUCACCAAUCGGCGUACCAACCAAUCAUCACCUAAAUCAACAAACCAAUGAAAAUUCAUCACUAUUCAGUGGAAUAGAUGUUGAUUUAUCUACCAUUUCAAUUACAAACAACAACAACAACAACAAUAAUAAUAAUAAUAAUACUACUAAUCAUAUUCAAAUAUUAAAAAGACAAACCAAUAGUUAUCAUUCACCACCUAAAUAUCCACUACCACCCGUACCCAUUAGCACAUCCAAUAGCAAUAGUUCCCCAGAGUUACAAUUGGUCGAUGUAUCAAUAGAUAAUAAUAAUAACAACACAACCAAUAGCAAUAAUAAUAGUAUAGCAAGUGCAUUAGCUGCUGCUGCUUCUGCAUCAAUGACACCUCUGCAACCAGAGAGAGUAGUUUCUGUUGGAGGGUGGCAUAAAGCAGUAGUAUCGAAACCACCUGCAAACAACAUCAACAACACAACAAACAUUGUAAAUAAUAAUAAUAAUAGUAAUAGUAAUAAUAGUAAUAUUAGUAGUAGUUUUAAUGAACCAGUAUCAUUCCAAUCGAAUCCACUUGAGGCAAUGAGUAAAGGUGUACCUUCGGGUGGCAUUAUCAAACAAGGCUGGAUGAAGAAGCGUGGCAAUAAAGUAAAGUCUUGGAAGAAGAGGUAUUUCAUAUUGGACAUGAGAAAGACAAUGAUCUAUUACGAUCUUCCGACGUCAUCAUUAAGAGAACACCAACAAGAACAACUACCACACAUAACGACACCACAACUAACAACAUCAAGUACAUUCGAUUUAGAUUUAAAUAGUAAUAGCAAUAAUAAUAAUAGUAAUAGCAAUAUAAAUGAUAUUAACAGUAGCAAUAGUAAUAGUAAAGAUAAUAAUAGUAAUAGUAAUGGUAAAGAUAAUGAAAGUAAUAAAGAUAGAUCGAAUACGAUAUCACAUCAGUCCGAACAAAUCAACUACGAGAACUUAAAGUAUAAAGGAUCAAUCGAUUUGCACACGGCCAUCUUUGUAGCGAUCAAACCAAACAAUUGUAAUAUAAAUGUAAACUUUGACAAUAAUAGUAGCUCUGCCAGCAAAGACAAGGAUAAAGAUUCAGAAUACUUUGGAAUAGAUAUACGAACACCCAAGAGAAUUUGGCACCUUUGUUGUGACUCUUCAAAGUCAAUGGAUGACUGGACAACAAAACAUCAAUCAAAUGUUUUCGAGUUUCUUUUGUCUGUUUUGAAUCUUUUGAUCUUGCUUCUCUUUAACUUGUUCGGUAGUAUUGAAAAAAUAAUGUCUAGAUACGUAUGGUUUAAGCUAUAUCAUAUAUAUAGUUCAAUUUUUUAUUUUUAUAAUGAUGUCGUCACACUAGAUCAACAAAGAGAUGUACAUAUAGAAUUGAAAAACAAGAUAUCUACCGUUGUUGGUCAUUCGAAACUCGAUAAUUAUAUAGUCAAUAUAAAGCAACGAGCAAAAGAGAUUUCAGAGAAUCAAGAUCAGUUACAAAGUCAUGUACAGGAGCUGUCUUUUAUGCUUUUGAGCUUGGUUGUAACAAAAGACGGAGUUUGUAAUCAGACAGAGAUUGCCGGAGGUGGACUCUAUUCUAUACUGCCGGAGGAGGGUUCAUGGCCAGUUUGCAUCGACGAAGACAAAUGGAUGACUCACAAAGACAACAAUCAUCUUUACAACCAAAACAACAAUGAAACACAAUGUACAUGUUUCUCUUUCGGUAUUGCCAAUGACUUUACAUUUGACGAUAAAAUAAGUUCGAUGGGUUGUUCAGUUGGUCUAAGAGAAGCUGGUUUCAAACUUUAUGGUCUACGUCAAAAUCCAGCUUGUAUUGGCGAAUCUCUUGGAUAUCUCACAGUCAGCGGAUGCUGUUUCGAUUUAUGUACCCACCCAUACUCAACGGCAAUGUUAGGAAUAUGGAAGAUCCUCCGCCAUGUAAGAUUCCAACAGAGCCACACUCCAAUUGUGCCAAUCAACUUUAGACAUCUCACCAGACAGUCGCUGGAUAUACAGAUGUUCAAAACAUCAAUUAUUAUUUAUUUAUAUACUACUAUGAAUACAAAAUAA